CACAUGUAACUCCUUCCCCCUUUGUCUCAACAGCCAACUCUCAGAUAAAGGCCCAAUGCCCAACCCUAGGCCCACCAAGCCCGCAACCCCAUCAGUGGUGCUCAGCCCAUCCCAAGGAGCUUCGCCAACCUGGAGGGCUGCAGCCAAGACCUCUGAAUUGCUAGGGUCCACGGGCCUGGGAGCAACCUCCCAGGACCAGGACCUUCGAGGGGAAGCCCAUGCCACCACCUCCUCCUUGAACCCUAUGCUACCAUCACAGCUCCAGCUGCCUGCAGUGCCCCUCGUCAUGGUGGCCCCAUCCAGAACACCUUUUGAUGCUUCACCACACUUACAGGCCCUCCUCCAAGAGAGCCCACACUUUGUACACCAGAUGUCCACGGUGGAAGCCCAUGCCCGGUCCCCAGUACUGCAAGUACGCCCCCUGGACACCCCAACUAUGAUCAGCUUCCCAUCGCCCUCCACUGCUACAGGCGUCUUCUCCCUCAAGGCCCGGCCUGGCCUGCCACCUGGAAUCAAUGUGGCCAGCCUGGAGUGGUUGUCCAGGGAACCAACAUUGCUCUGCACCUUCCCAGGCUCCAGUAUACCAAGGAAAGACAGUACCCUCUCAGCUAGGUCCCAGGGCUCCUACUCAUUGUUGGCCAAUGGCAUCUGCAAAUGGCCUGGAUGUGAGGAUGUCUUUGAGAAGUCUGAAGACUUGCUCAAACACUGCCAGGUAGACCAUCUGGAUGAGAAGGGCCAGGCACAGUGUCUCCUUCAGCAGGAGGUGGUCCAGUCCCUGGAGCAAAAGCUGGUGUUAGAGAAGGAGAAACUGGGAGCAAUGCAGGCCCAACUGGCCAGGAAGAUGACUCUGACCAAAGCAGCCUCUGUGGCUUCAGUCGACAAGGGCUCCUGCUGCAUCGUAGCUGCAGGACCCCACGGCACCGCCAUCCCGAACUGGUCUGGCCCCCAGGAGGCCCCUGAUGGCCUAUUUGCUGUGCAGAGGCAUCUCUGGGGGAGUCAUGGAAGUAAUACGUUCCCAGAGUUCUUCCACAACAUGGACUACUUCAAGUUCCACAAUAUGCGGCCACCUUUCACCUAUGCCACCCUCAUUCGCUGGGCCAUCCUGGAGUCUCCAGAGAAACAACGGACACUCAACGAGAUCUAUCACUGGUUCACACACAUGUUUGCCUUCUUUAGGAAUCAUCCAGCUACGUGGAAGAAUGCCAUACGCCACAAUUUGAGCCUGCACAAGUGCUUUGUGCGGGUAGAGAGUGAGAAGGGUGCUGUGUGGACUGUGGAUGAAUUGGAGUUCCGCAAGAAGAGGAGCCAGCGGUCCAGCAGGUGUUCCAACCCUGCCCCUGGCCCCUGACCUCAAUUUCAA